GUGAGUGUCUUGAUGGCCAUGUUGUGUUAGAAAUGUCGGUUUCACGGUUACCCCCCACUGUGCUUUCUUUAAAGCAGUUUUUACAGAGGCAGAAGGUUCUGGAGAUUUACAGAAACAUUCUUAGGACCAUACGGCAGGUACCAGAUGAGGCAGACAGGAAAUACCUCCGAGACUGGACGAGAGAUGAGUUCAAGAGGAAUAAGGAUGCCACAGACCAGGAUGCCAUUCGUAUGAUGAUCACACAGGCCAACAAUCAUCUGGUGGAGCUGCAGAAGUCUCUGGCGCUGGCCAGACCCCAGUGACUCUGAGCUGCUGUGAAUCCCUGCUGUGGACUUUUCUGAACUGGUUCUCUAGGAAAACCAUCGUGUGGUCUGGAGAAAACACUGAGUGCUAACAUAACCAUGGAGACAGGGCUACCCCUCACUGCUCUGACUCCUCUUCAGCUGCUUGUCAAGGACGGAUGGACAGUUUGACCUGCAGCGUGUGCGGGUGUGUAGACUAGUGGCGAGGCUCCAUCAGUUCGACACAAACCUGCCAUUUGUCAUGUUUAUUAUAUGUACUGAACUAAUGAAACCACAGGUGGGUUAAAAACAGUUUUUUUUAUUAAAAAAUAUGUUUUCAGCCAUCACCAUACAGAGUGCAUUAUUCAUAUCCACAGUGUACUCCAUGUAAAACUAACCAAUACAAGUGUGCAAUCACUACAUCAAAUAUACAGCAGACAGUUAAUACUGCAACACAACUUGAGCUUUGUUCAUACAACAUGUUCUGACUGAACUCUUCUUUAAUGUCAUGAUUGGCAGGGAACAUUCUGGGAGACCAGACUGGUCAGGAUUAGAACCUGGCCUGUUGUUGAGAGAUUCUUGGCUGGUUUAGUCACAAACACACAGAAUGGAAACAAUAUUUAUGUGAGAGUAGUUCAUUGAUCAGCAUCUGCAGAGGCAAUGGAAUAAUUACACACUACUCCAGUGCUUAAUUCUAAUUUCUUUUUUUUAAUGACUGAAAUGAAGAAAAAAACAAAAAAGGUCAGUUCAGAUGACAGGCUGUUUCCACAUCUUUUUAAUUAAAGAGCUCAUGGCAUGCUUUUCGACUUAUCUACAAUGUUGCAACAGUGAUUUAUCAUCUUAGACAUGACCUAAAGCUCAAAAAAUGAGAUGUUCUAGUAUUUCUAUACAGAAGGAACUAGGUUUAUACAUGUCCCACAAACUCUCACUCCUUGAAUGGCCAUAAUCUCCAGGCAGUUGUGCGUUCAUGUGAGUUUACCUGACAUCCACUGCUGCCACUGUAAAAGUGGAAUUUU